AUGACGACGACUAGCAUCACGCGAGCCGUGCCGCUCGCGCAGCGUCCGUUCGACGUAUUCUUCGUACUCUUCUUCGCCGUCCACGUGCUCACCGCCGUUCUUAUCGACGCGCAGAUGCUGCUGCCGCGCGCCAUCUUCCCAGAGGCGUUACGCCGCGCUGUGACGUGGCACGUCGAGACCUCAGGGGACUUCCUGGUCGGCUCGCCCCAGCCGUGGUUCCUCUCCCUCGUCAUCUCUCAGUUCCUACUGCAUGUGCCCUUCUUCCUCGUAGCCCUACGCCUUCUGCACUGGUGGAGAGUGGAUCCGCGUGCCGGCUAUUGCCUACUCUGGGCAUGCCAUCACCAACAUG